AUGAAGGCACCUGACCCGUUACGGAAUCCUGGCCUCUGGUGCGACUUCCAUCGCGACCACGGUCACAAAACGGAAGACUACGUCGCUCUAAGGAUUGAGGUCAAUGAACUACUCCAAAAGGGGCGUCUCCGGGAAUUCCUCUCAGAAAAAGCCAAGAACCAUCUAAAUAAAGAGGUGCCGGUGAAAUCCGCUGGAGCUAUACCCGCCUCACCACCUCGCCAGGAUCGAGUGAUCAAUGUCAUAUCCGGAGGUUUGGAGAUAAGCGGCGUGAGUCAUGCAGCUGCCAAGAAAAGCACCCGCAACGCCAAGCAUGGCUUUGAGACGACCAAACCAAAGCACCUGCUCCUAGGUACCGAUGAAAUAAGCUUCACGGCUACGGAGAAGGAGAAGAUCCUGGCUCCCCACCACGAUGCCCUGGUCAUCUCGCUCAUCGUAGAAAACUGCUUGGACCUAGGGCUGGAGGAGAGCGCCCUGACUCGCAAAAUAACUCCACUCAUCGGAUUCAGCGGCGAAGUUAAGCAAACAGCUGGAGAGGUCACUCUCCCAGUGUACGCUGAAGGGAUCAACAUGUCUACCAAGUUCAUGGUCGUCAACAGUCAAUCAGCAUACAAUAUUAUCCUAAGAAGACCCUGGAUUCAUGACAUGGGAGCAGUCCCUUCAACCCUUCAUCAAAUGGUGAAAUUUAGUACACCCUGGGGCAUCAGAAUAAUCAAAGGAGAUCAGGAGAAUUCUCGAUCCUGCUACCAGACCACCUUAAAGGGAAAUACCAAGGUCUUAUAG